AUGCUGACGGGCCUCUCAGAAGACCUUCAGGACGUCAGCGACUCCAGGAAAACAGCCAUCAUUAACGACGAACUUAGGAGGCUUAAUGUGGACAUUGCCACCUUACAAGAAACACGACUUGCAGACUCUGGAAGACUGAAGGAGAAAGACUACACCUUCUUCUGGCAGGGGAAAAGCCCCAAUGUACCGCGUCAGCAUGGGGUGGGCUUUGCAGUGAAGAACAACCUGCUGAACAUGCCAACUCUUUCUUCAAGACCAAACCUCAGCACAAGGUCUCUUGGAGACACCCGCGCUCAAAGCAGUGGCAUCAGCUGGACUAUCCUUGUCAGAGCUAUUAAGAACGUCCUCCACACACGCUCUUACCACAGCGCGGACUGUGACACAGACCACUCCUUGGUGUGUUGCAAGGUCAGGCUCCAUCCGAAAAGGUUCCACCGUGGCAAGAAGAAAGGGAGCCCUCGUAUUGAUGUCAUUAAGUUGAGCCAGCCUGAUCUUAAAGAGCAAUUUGCUGAGAGGUUUGAGAAUCAUCUAGCAACAUUACAGUCAGGGGACUCCGCAACUGAGAAGUGGACCACCUUACGGGAUACAAUGCACCGCACUGCCUUGGCCACCUUUGGAAAAAGUACCUCGAAAUCGCAUGACUGGUUCAAAGCUAAAUCCGCUGUGAUGAUCCCCAUCAUAGAAGCAAAGCGUGCCGCUCUAACGGAAUACAAGCGAUUACCCAGCGAGAAAAAUCUUCAGAUUCUCCGAGCUAUAAGGAACAAAGUCAAACACACUGCAAGACGCUGUGCCAACGACUACUGGACCGAACUCAGCGAAGCCAUCCAGACUGCAGCAAUUACUGGGAACAUAAGAGGGAUGUAUGAAGGCAUCAAAACAUCAAUAGGUCCAAUCCAGAACAAGACAGCUCCCCUUAAAUCCACCUCAGGGGAAGCCAUCACAGACAAGGGACAACAGAUGGAGAGAUGGGUGGAACACUACUCUGAUCUCUAUUCAAGACAGAAUGUAGUAACAUCAUCAGCCCUUGAUGCCAUAAAAUGCUUACCUGUAAUGGAAGAGCUUGACAACGAACCCACUAAUGAAGAACUCAGCAAGGCUAUCAACAGCUUGGCCUCAAGGAAAGCUCCAGGCAGUGACGGGAUCCCCCCUGACCUGAUCAAACACUGCAAGACUACACUAUUACAGCCUUUACAUAAUGUCCUAUGUGCGUGCUGGAAAGAAGGGGCCGUACCACAAGACAUGAGGGAUGCUAAGAUCGUUACCCUCUACAAAAACAAGGGAGAUCGCAGUGACUGCAACAACUACAGGGGCAUCUCCUUACUCAGCGUUGUGGGCAAAGUCUUUGCUCGGGUUAUUUUGGUAAGACUUCAGAAACUGGCUGAACGUAUCUAUCCAGAGUCACAGUGCGGCUUUCGAGCAGAAAGAUCAACGAUAGACAUGGUAUUCUCCCUCCGCCAGCUUCAGGAGAAAUGCAGAGAGCAGCAGAUGCCUUUGUACAUUGCCUUCAUCGAUCUGACCAAGGCGUUUUAUCUUGUAAGCAGAGAGGGUCUCUUCAGAAUUCUAUCUAAAAUUGGCUGCCCCCCUAAACUACACAGCCUGAUUGAGUCCUUCCAUGCCAACAUGCAGGGGACUGUGCAGUUCAACGGCAGAACCUCUGAGUCAUUCAACAUCAACAGCGGUGUCAAACAGGGCUGCGUACUUGCCCCAACCCUUUUCGGAAUCUUCUUUGCCUUCCUUCUGAAACAUGCAUUUGGCGCAUCGAAAGAAGGGAUCUACCUGCAUACAAGAUCAGAUGGCAGGCUUUUCAAUCUUGCCCGUCUCCGAGCAAAGACCAAAGUGCGUGAAGCCCUGAUAAGAGACAUGCUAUUUGCUGACGAUGCAGCAGUAGCCUGCCAUACUCAGCAAGCACUUCAGUCACUCAUGGACCAUUUCUCUCAGGCCUGCAAAGACUUUGGGCUUACCAUCAGCCUGAAAAAGACUAAAGUCCUGGAACAAGGAUCAGAAACACCACCAUCCGUUACCAUCGACGAUUACGAGCUCGAAGUGGUCCAUCAUUUUACGUAUCUAGGCUCCACUGUCACUGACAAUCUCUCCUUAGACUUCGAGCUCGACCAGAGAAUUGGAAAGGCGGCUGCCACACUUGCACGCCUCACUACACGUGUGUGGUCCAACCCCAUGCUCACAGAGAAGACCAAGAUGGCAGUAUACAGCGCUUGUGUCAUCAGUACACUGCUAUACGGCAGCGAGACAUGGACGAUGUACGCCAGACAAGAAAAACGCCUGAACACCUUCCACAUGAGAAGCCUCCGCCGCAUCCUGGGAAUUUCGUGGCAAGACAAAGUCCCAAACACAGAGGUCUUGUCUCGUGCGGGCCUGCCAAGCAUGUCAACCUUACUCAGGCAACGUAGACUCCGCUGGCUGGGCCACGUUCAUCGCAUGCCAGACGGCCGCAUCCCCAAAGACUUACUGUAUGGUGAGCUAGCCACUGGAAGUAGACGCAGAGGACGCCCACAGCUGCGAUACCGAGAUGCUUUGAAGCGUGACAUGAAGGCUGUAGGAAUUGACACAGAGACCUGGGAAAAUCUCGCAGCUGAUCGGUCACAAUGGAGAGGAGCCGUUACAAGGCACCUCAAAACAGGAGAAGAGAAGCUGACACAAGCUGCCACAAGGAGGCGGACCCGCAGAAAACUUCGUAUCAGCAACGUCCAACAAACAGCAUACACGUGCAGCACUUGCGGCAGGGACUGCCAUUCACGCAUUGGCCUUCACAGUCAUAGCCGCAGAUGCUCCAGCCAAACACACAAUUAG